AUGCAACAUGCACACAAUCAACAGCAGCAGCAACAUCAACAGCAACAACAACAGCAGCCGCAACAACACCAUCAGCAACACCAACAACAUCAACAAACGCGUAUAACGAAUUGGAUUCAACGUUUACUUCAACAACAUUAUAACAAUUAUCAAUUACAACAGCAGCAGCAGCAGCAACAACAACAACAAAAUCGUUUAUCUCAUCCUGACACAAAUGCUACAGCACAAAUGCCUGUACUACCUUCAAUGUGUUAUUAUCCGCAACGUAUGCAACAUAUGCAACAGCAGCAGCAACAUCAAGCUAAUCAACAAACACAGCAUUGUUUGCAACAACAACAACCGCACCAGCAACAACUGCAAUUACAGCAACACCACCACCAACAGCAGCAGCAGCAGCAGCGUUUGCAACAUAAUCAACAACAAUCUCAACAGCAACAACAACCACAACGUCGGCUCUCGUUUAGCUCUUAUGAGAGUGCUGGUCGAUAUUAG